AUGUAUUUUUCUUUGUUUCUAUCUUUGAUUUUAUCCUUACAUUUGGGGGCCUCUCUCACUCUCUCUCUCUCACUCUCUCUCUUACUCUCUCUCACUCUCUCUUUCUCACUCUCUCUCUCACUCUCUCUCAAUCACCCUCUCUCUCUCUCUCUCUCUCACUCUCUCUCUCUCUCACUCUCUGCAUUCUUUCUUUUUUAUCAUUGUACUUUUUUGGUUGGCUUCUUUUUUUCUUUUUGGUUUCUUUCUUUCAACAGAUAUUUUUAUAGAAAUAUUUAUUUUUCCAUGCUAUUUUCAAUCGUUUCGUUUCUUUCUUCCAUUCUUUCUUUCUUUCUUUCUUUCUUUUUUUUCUUUUUACUUAACAUCUGUUUAGAUCUUUCCAUUUCUUUCUGUCUUUUUUUUUCACGUGAUAUACCUGAUUCUAUUCGCUUUAUACUUUUCCUUCCUUCUUCAUAUAAAUCAAUUACCAAUUGUAUUCUUUCUUUCUUUCUUUCUUUCCUUCUUUCCUUCUUUCUUUCUUUCUUUCUUUUAUUCAUUCCAUUUUUCUUUUACUCCAUCCACCUACGUCUUUUUGUUUUUCUCUCUUUAAUAACUUGUAUUCAUUUAUCUCCUUCGAAGUCUCUUUUUUUUAAUUUUCUUUUCUCUUUGCAAUUUUUCUCCACCAUUUUCGUUGUCAUCAUUCCUCCAUUUAUUAUUUUUAUUGCUGGUUAUAUUUUUUCUAUCUAUCUAUCUAUCUAUCUAUCUAUCUAUCUAUCUAUCUAUCUAUCUCAGUUUAUAUUGGUUUGGCUCGUUUUACGGCAUAUCAUCCUCAAUGGGUUAUUUAAUGCCGACAAGAUUUUUAUUGCUGGUUAUCUAUCUAUCUAUCUAUCUAUCUAUCUAUCUAUCUAUGUCAUUAUUUUAUUUCGUUGUUUCUUUCUUUGUUUCCUUUGUCGUAUUUUCAUAUUCUGUUCAGUUCGCUUACAGUCAGUUUCUUUUGUUUCUUUGUUUAUUUCUUUCUUUCUUUGUCAAUCAUUUCUUUUUGAAAGGUUCUUUCUUUUGCUUUCUUCAUUAAUUUCUUUCUGUUUUUGUCUUUAUUCAUCUUUUCUUUUUAAUAAGGCUCUUUUUUUACUUUCAUCUUUAGUUUUCUUUCUUUCAUUUUUCUUUCUUUCUUACUGCUUUUGUCUUUAUUCGUCAUUUCUUUUUAAUAAGGCUCUUUAUUUAACUUUCUUCUUUUGUGUUACAUGGAUUGAUUCAUUGUUCUUUGUUACCUCUUCAUUCAUUCAUUCAUUCAUUCAUUCUUUCUUUCUUUCUUACUUUUGUUACAUUGAUGGAUUCAUUCUUUCUUUCUUACCUUUUCUUUCUUUUUUCCUGGUGUAUCAUUUCUUUUUAAAAGAAAUUUCUUUUACUUUAUUCAUUAGUUUCUUUCUUUCUUUCUUUCUUUCAGUUUUUGUAUUUAUUUAUUCAUCAUUUCUUUUCAAUAAGGAACUUUCUUUUACUUUCUUCUCUUGUCUUCUUUCUUUCUUUUUUUUUCUUUCUUCAUCAUUUCUUUUUAACAAGACUCUUUCUUUUACUUUCUACUUUAGUGUUACAUUGAUUGAUUCAUUAUUUCUUUCUUACCUUUUCUUUCUUUCUUUAUUCAUCAUUAUUAAAAGGCUCUUUCCUUUACUUUCUCCGUUAUUUUUUUCAUUGAUUCACUUCAUAUUUUCUUUUUUCUUUCAUGUUCUAUAUCCUAUUUCUUUCGCUUAUAAUCAUUUUCUUUCAUCAUUUAUUUUCUCUUUCUGUUAUUUUCUUCUUCAGAGUUUCUCUUUUACUUUCUUCACCUUUUCUUUUUAUAAGACUCUGUUAUUUUAUUUCUUUCUUUCUUUCCUUCUUUUUUGUCCACCUUCAUUCUUUUUCUCGUAA